AUGGUGAUGGUGAGAAGUGCCUUCAUCGCCGCAUUUCUCAGCAUACCUAGCCCCGUUGUCGCCUUCAACGGCUUGAAAACAUGGUCUAGGAAGGUCAUUUACGAGAAGAUAGACCUUUGUACACAGUCCUGUUACAGCCAAAUAGUUCCGGGGCUAUAUCUGAGCAAUGCUAGGGCGGCGGUUGACGCAAGCGUCAUCAGGUGCCUUAACAUCACGCACGUGCUCACCGUCGAGACUCAUAAGAUACCAAAGUCGGCCUUCCCAGAUCCCCACAUAGUCACGCUGUUCAUCAGGGCAUACGACUCGCCCGACACCAACCUUUUGCCCUACUUCCCUAUGGCCAACGCUUUCAUCGACGAUGGAAUCAAAAGGGGCAAUGUCCUCGUUCACUGCCACUUCGGUGUUUCGCGCUCCGCCACGCUCGUCAUCGCGUACAUCAUGGAGAAGUACAAACUGCGCUUCGAGGAGGCUUUCUCCUACGUGCGCAGUCGAAGGAGGUUCAUCAACCCCAACCCGGGCUUCGUGAGCCAACUGAGGGAGUUUGAGCGUCUCAACUACGACGUGAACGGUCUACUUCGGCUGGAGGCGUAUUUGAACGUGAAGGCGAGGGAGCACAAAUACAAAAUAGCGUCAAUGGCCGCGGUCUUCGUCGGGCUACUGGUGCCGUUGGCCGUCCUGAUUGCG